AUGGAUCCGGCAGAAGACAUGGAACACGCCCUUCAUCGAUGGCUCAGCGGACAAGUCGCCGAUCAUCAGGUUGUACAAGUACUAGGACCCCAAAUACUACAAAGAUGGCAAGCACUCCUGGUGAGCAUCGUGGAGGAAAGCGACACCCCCAUCUUCACGGACACGUCGUCGAUGCCAGCCAGACCAUGGACGACCAACCUACACCCAUCCAAGUACAUGGAGAUCCUAGGCACCAAUGAAGAGGGCAUCAGCAACACCGUCAAUAAGUUUCGACAGCAAACCAUGAAGGCCAAGAUACUGCACCAAUCCAGACUACGAACGGUGCAGUCCGACUACUCUGAGAUAAUCGGCCAAGGACGAUUACAAGACGUGGAAAUCAAACCCGGUCGAGUUCUUGCCUCCGCAGAAGCCCACGGUACCAUGCCCCACACCCUUCCCCCUCCAACCUCUUCACAAGAACAUGCCAGCCAAUUUCAGAGAUGGUAUCCGAAUCGACAAGUACCACCGCAGGACCACGCGACCGGCAUGUCCAUGGACUAUGCGGGCACGGACCAACCUGUCAGAGACCUACAAACCUGGCGCACGGGAGCCUUCCCCCACAUCCCCGUACCCCCGGAUCGCACCGUACCUCCUCCCGAAGAACAACAUCAUAGAGAAGACAGAUCCAGGUCGCCACUUCGAAACCCUGGUGUCCACACGAUGGGCAUGCACGUCAGCAGCCUGCAACAACUGCUCGACAGCUUAGAGCCAGCCGUGGACACGCAAUCCGUCAUGCAACAUCACGACCAAGGCCGACUACUUCCAGUUCUACCAGUGGAUCAGAUAGAAACCACGCAGCCACAGUGGUGGAGACGACCGAUCAGACCGGAACUUAUUCACAUGCUACCUCCGGUUGAACGACACCAUUGGGAACUCCAGGAAGAUGGCACACCCGUCAUACGAUUUUUCCCCAACCGCAUGACCUUCCUCCCGAAACAGCUGGUGCACAAGUUCCCCUCCCUCCAACAAGAACUUCAAAACAGCAUCCUCAUGUCCUGGGACGAGUACAAAGCCGACGCAUCCACACACGUCCAGAUGACACGCUACGCCGACUCCAUCGACAUGAUGCUCGUACGCAAGGGCAACUGCCCAGAUUUGGCCACAAUGCCCAACCUCUACCAGCUCUGGCACUGGGGAUACAUCAAGUUCCGAAGUGUAAACCCGGAGCUGUGGAUGUUCACACACAACUUCGCGGAUCCCAGGACCAUGGGCAGGCUGGAACAGACCUGCACCUACUUCCACAGAAUCUGGUCAGCACACGUCCUACCCAGCACGGCAGGAUUGGUACCCCUACUGCCGCCCAUACAGGACCUCUGCGUGGUGCUCCAUAGCACGGCGCCACCCUUCCACCAGCCAAUGCUCGCGAAGUACAAUACCAUCUCGGGCAUUAUGACCAUGCAGGCGGUCAGCAACAUAGUCUUUCGCAAGGCUCACCAUGACUUACAGCUCCACAGAACGUGGCCCAGCAUCGAUUCCCACACAGGAUGCGAUCAAGGAAUCAACACGUUUCAGAUUCCGGACCACUGGCCAACCAACAUAUGGACCGACACGCUGCAGAAGCUCACCCAUACGACCAGAUGGACGCCACCCUCCACGCCGGACAUCCGCGCCAGGCUCACCAUCGACCACCUGUGCAACGACGUACUGCCAAACAUGAUAUGGACACCGAGGUUCGCCCUGCCCCUUACCUCACAACAAAUUCACGCAGUCCAAGUUUCCACCCAAGCAGCGCAUGUACUACAUCGACUAUGGGACCCACUCAUUUUCACCUUCGCUGACCCGUGCCACACGAUCGACGGUUUGGACGCCAAGCAAACAAGCAGACCUGAUCUGAUCGGAAAAUUUCACCGACUGAGUUCAGGAGGACAAACACCAAUGUUAGCAAUCCCGGCCAGCAGCGUGGUCGAGGCACAGUUGGACUGGGCCUGGUUCCAAUCCACUACGGCAUCCAACUCCCCAUUCAGAUGGCUGUCCCUACCCCUUGCAGUCACAGGACACCCCAGGACGCACUCGGUCUUUUGGAUCCACCGAAAGACAUCAGGCCAAGUACAACGUCACCGAGCUCUACAUGUGCACCAAACCACGUGGUUAGUGGCAUCAGGAACACCCACGCCGUUCCAGGAGGAUCCACACAUCACGCAGAAUCAAGCACAGGCCACUCCAACCCAGGAGGAAUGGACGGACUUCAUCAACCAACGACAAGCUCUACUGGAACUUCAACGAUGCACCACCGUUGACCAAGAAGCUGGACAACACCAAUGGAGGUAUGUGAAGUGA